CUGAUGGUUGCUUAGUGACGAGCAGGAAGGUUGGACUGCCGCCUGGACUGGAAAAGUGACAGCAGGCUGGGAAUAAUGGAUACCGAACUGCCAUGCUAGCUUGCUAGUGAUGCAGUUUUUCUUCCAAACAAUAUUCAAGAAAUAACCGGUUGUAGUUGGCUCUGGUGAUGUGCCAUGGGCUACGACGUCACACGGUUCCAUGGGGAAGUGGAUGAGGACCUGCUGUGCCCUAUUUGCAGUGGAGUCCUAGAGGAGCCUGUGCAGGCUCCUCAUUGCGAACAUGCUUUCUGCAAUGCUUGCAUCACUCAGUGGUUCUCCCAGCAGCAGAUAUGCCCAGUGGACAGGAGCGUGGUGACCCUUGCACACCUGCGUCCCGUGCCACGCAUCAUGCGCAACAUGCUCUCCAAACUGCAGAUCACUUGCGACAAUGCAGGCUUUGGCUGCACCGCCGUUCUGCGGCUGGACCAACUGCAGUCACAUCUCCGAGACUGCGAGCAUAACCCCAAGAGACCCGUCAAGUGUGAGCAGGGCUGCGGACUGGAGAUGCCCAAAGAUGAGGUGAUCAACCAUAACUGCAUUAAACAUCUCCGCAGCGUGGUACAGCUGCAACAGGGCAAGAUUGCAGAUCUGGAGAGAACAGCAGUGGAGCACAAGCACCAGCUUGCAGAACAGAAACGGGACAUCCAGCUUCUCAAGGCGUAUAUGAGAGCAAUUCGCAGUGCCAAUCCCAACCUACAGAACCUGGAAGAAACCAUAGAAUACAAUGAGAUACUAGAAUGGGUGAAUUCUCUCCAGCCAGCACGUGUGACCCGCUGGGGAGGCAUGAUCUCCACGCCAGAUGCUGUGCUUCAAGCAAUCAUCAAACGUUCUCUCGUCGACAGUGGCUGUCCACCCUCCAUUGUCAAUGACCUGAUUGAGAAUGCCCACGAAAGGAACUGGCCGCAGGGCCUGGCCACACUUGAGACCCGACAGAUGAACCGGCGCUACUAUGAGAACUAUGUGGCCAAGCGUAUACCAGGGAAGCAGGCAGUGGUGGUGAUGGCCUGUGAGAACCAGCACAUGGGAGAGGACAUGAUUCUGGAGCCUGGCCUGGUCAUGAUCUUUGCUCAUGGAGUGGAGGAGAUCCUAUGACACAGCUGAAGAGAUACUUAGAACUACCUGGUAGUGAAAGAACAGAAGGGAGUGCUGGGGUCAAAUGGAUACAUUUUCUCAGGGUCAGACCCCAGAGCUGAGGAAGAAGCCCUGACAGAGCAAAGUUGGAGAAGAGAGUAUGACAUACCAGGGAAAUACCAUUAAUAAAGCCACAGAGAGAGACUGGCCCAACCUAGAAUAUGGUAAUGAGUUUUAGGAGGCAGAGACGGAUGCUUAAAGAAGAACUGCUUGAAGCAGACAAGCCCCUAUGUAAUAAUGCUUCAAUGAUGAAUACGUUUUAAUAAAAGAAAAAAAUAAUCAAAAAUAAGUUAAAUAUACAUUGGGAUUAUCUUGCUAAGAGUUUUCGAUAAAAUACGAUUGCAGCCUAUUGUACCUUAUCUGCACCCUUUCUGCUGUAGAUGAAGCAUCUGAUUGGUGGCCUAUUAUAAGAAUUAAUUAACCCCUUUGUCAAGCAUUGAUUUUUUUGCUUCAACGGAAGUGUGUGUGUAAUGAAGUUGACAAAAACAUAGGUAAAUUAGUCAUGUGUUUGAGCAGUGACUUCAAAGAGCAAAAGGUACUGCUAGUUUGGAGCAUUUACAGCUACAUUUAUCUUUACCAACUAUAGCUUGUCCCUCUGUCAACACACAUUGGAAUAUGAUCAAGAAAAUAUUGGACUGGGAGUUGGGUAGUGAAAAUGAAAUGUGGGUCAUAUUUCACUUUAUUUUUUAUUUUUUUUAACUUGAUGGACUAAGUUUCAUACCUUAGGGUUUUGUACACUUUUUGCUGUCGAUAUGAUUUUCAUAAGGAUCUGUGGCAUUCAGUCCCCUUCACAACUUGUUUUGAUGUUGUAUUGGUUAGAAGUGGGUCCAGAUAUAUGACAAAAGUCUGAGAGAAUACCAAAGCAUUUCUGCUCAUUAGUCAACCAAUAACCAAAGGUUUUCCAUUUAUUUUGUUAAGUUGUUUGAUCUUGUUUUUUGUUUAUUUUGUUAAGCGGUUUGAUCUUGUUCUCCGUGAUUUUUUAAAUAUUGUUUGAUAUUGUUUACCUCAUUGUCUGAAGGCCACUUAUCAUAGCCUCUUUUGUGUGUCAUACUCCCACAGAUAAAUUGGUAAUAUGACAUCUGUACAUUAAGUACCCCAGUUUGUAAGUAUUAUUUUGUCAUUUUAAGGUGAUGUCUUCAUCUAUUCUGAAGUUAGACUUCCAGUUCCACUUUAUCAAUGUAGUUAUUUCAGUCCCAAUGAAUAAAUAUUGCUAGUGUAGCCUUGAAAAUACUCAUUGUAGCCAUGGUAAAGUUCAGUGACCAUUUUCAAUUGGAGAGAUUGAAAUCUGCCUGAAUUCAAUUUUUCCCCAGAAUUUAUUAAAUUAAAUAUACUAAUCAUAUAUGCUACACGUGUUAUUUCAAUCACUGAAAGAACCUCGCUAUUUAAUUGUUCAGGCUUAAUUAAGUGCUCGACCCAUGAGAGCUUAGAGGGCUACAAAGGUGAAACAACCCUAAUCCCCUGCUUAGCUCUGCAUGGCUGGCUCUCUGUGCUCUGUCAGUUACGUGCCUUGAUACUAUGGGGAACUCAAAUUCAAGUCUUGGGAAUAUGUGCAAAAGUGCCUGUAUUUGUUGGAGACAUUCAGCACUCUGUUGGAUUACUAAAGCCGCUGAUUGGCUUUUUGAGGGCAAAGACUGUAAACAACCAGUUCAUCAUCUGAGUUAAGUUUCAGGUAAUUGUUGAUCUUGCGUAGUUUUGUCAUUUGUCCAACUUCAUUGUUCCUCAUACUUUAGACAGGCCCAGUUUCCCAGACAUGGAUUGAACCUCUUCCUAAAAUUAAAGAAAGCUUUUAUGAAGAUCUCCAUUUAAAACAUUUUUAGUCAAAGACAAGGCUUAUUCCAUGUGUGGGAAACUGGGCCAUAGAGUGCAUGUUUGAGAUACAGUUUUAAGAGUUUACAAGAAAAUAAUUAAUAGGACAGCCAUUGACCCACAAAGAAAUUAAGAAACAGUGGAAAAUUUAAAUUUUCAUCUGUUUAUUAAAUGUUUGAAAAUUCCUAAUGACUUCUGAAGUAAUUCUAUACUUAUUUCUGUCAUUUCUCAUGCUCUUGAAGGUUGGUGUGACAGUGCUUACAUAAAAAUACAAAUCUAUUGUAAAUCGAACAUGUAUUGUAAAUAGUAAUUAUAUAAAUAUAACUUAAAACAUGUCUGUAUCUAUCCACAUCAAUAGUUGUUUAUUAAUUAGUGAGUUGUAUGGUUUCAUUAAAAUGAUAUUUAAAA